UGCUCAAAGAGUCCCAGGGACCUCUCCUAACCGACGCGCGGCUGUGGAGAGCCGGUUCGGUCUCUUCACGGGCUCGUGGCUUCACCGGUUUAGUCGCUUUCGGGGCUCUCGAGCCCCUUCACGACCGUCGCCAUGGAGUUGUCCCCUCUGCAGCCUGUAAAUGAAAAUAUGCAAGUGAACAAAAUUAAGAAAAAUGAAGAUGCGAAGAAAAGACUGUCUAUUGAAAGAAUCUAUCAAAAGAAAACGCAGUUGGAACAUAUAUUGCUCCGCCCAGACACCUACAUUGGCUCUGUGGAAUUAGUGACCCAGCAAAUGUGGGUUUAUGAUGAAGAUAUUGGCAUUAACUACAGGGAAGUCACUUUUGUUCCUGGUUUGUACAAAAUCUUUGAUGAGAUUCUAGUUAAUGCUGCGGACAACAAACAAAGGGAUCCGAAAAUGUCUUGUAUUAGAGUCACAAUUGACCCAGAAAACAACUUAAUUAGUAUAUGGAAUAAUGGAAGAGGAAUUCCUGUUGUUGAGCACAAAGUCGAGAAGGUGUAUGUCCCAGCUCUCAUAUUUGGUCAGCUCUUAACUUCUAGUAACUAUGACGAUGAAGAAAAAAAAGUAACAGGUGGACGAAAUGGCUAUGGAGCCAAACUGUGUAACAUAUUCAGUACCAAAUUCACUGUGGAAACAGCCAGUAAAGAGUACAAGAAAAUGUUCAAACAGACAUGGAUGGAUAACAUGGGGAGGGCUGGUGAGAUGGAACUCAAGCCCUUUAGUGGAGAGGAUUAUACGUGUAUCACUUUCCAGCCUGAUUUGUCUAAGUUUAAAAUGCAAAGCCUGGACAAAGACAUUGUUGCACUGAUGGUGAGAAGAGCAUAUGAUAUUGCGGGCUCCACUAAGGACGUCAAAGUCUUCCUUAAUGGAAAUAAGUUACCAGUAAAAGGAUUCCGUAGCUAUGUGGAUAUGUAUUUAAAGGAUAAGUUAGAUGAAACUGGGAAUCCACUGAAAGUAAUACAUGAACAAGUAAACCACAGAUGGGAGGUGUGCUUAACAAUGAGUGAAAAAGGCUUCCAGCAGAUUAGCUUCGUCAAUAGCAUUGCUACUUCCAAGGGUGGCAGACAUGUUGAUUAUGUGGCUGAUCAGAUUGUGACCAAACUUGUUGAUGUAGUAAAGAAGAAGAACAAGGGUGGUGUUGCAGUCAAAGCACAUCAGGUGAAAAAUCACAUGUGGAUUUUUGUGAAUGCCUUAAUUGAAAACCCAACCUUUGACUCUCAGACAAAAGAAAACAUGACUUUACAAGUCAAGAGCUUCGGAUCAACAUGCCAAUUAAGUGAAAAAUUCAUCAAAGCUGCAGUUGGUUGUGGUAUUGUAGAAAGCAUACUGAACUGGGUGAAGUUUAAGGCCCAGGUCCAACUAAACAAGAAGUGCUCUGCUGUGAAGCAUAACAGGAUCAAGGGCAUCCCCAAGCUGGACGAUGCCAAUGACGCAGGAAGCCGAAACUCCACUGAGUGUACACUUAUUCUGACUGAGGGGGACUCAGCCAAAACUUUGGCUGUUUCAGGCCUCGGUGUGGUUGGAAGAGACAAAUACGGGGUUUUCCCUCUUAGAGGAAAAAUACUCAAUGUCCGAGAAGCUUCUCAUAAACAGAUCAUGGAAAAUGCUGAAAUUAAUAACAUCAUUAAGAUUGUGGGUCUUCAGUAUAAGAAAAACUAUGAAGAUGAAGAUUCAUUGAAGACUCUUCGUUAUGGGAAGAUAAUGAUUAUGACCGAUCAGGACCAAGAUGGUUCCCAUAUCAAAGGCUUGCUGAUUAAUUUUAUCCAUCACAACUGGCCCUCUCUUCUGCGACAUUGUUUUCUGGAGGAAUUUAUCACUCCCAUUGUAAAGGUGUCUAAAAAUAAGCAAGAACUGGCAUUCUACAGCCUUCCUGAAUUUGAAGAAUGGAAGAGUUCUACUCCAAAUCAUAAAAAAUGGAAAGUCAAGUAUUACAAAGGUUUGGGCACCAGCACAUCAAAGGAAGCUAAGGAGUACUUUGCAGACAUGAAAAGGCAUCGUAUCCAGUUUAAAUAUUCCGGGCCUGAAGAUGAUGCUGCGAUUAGCCUAGCCUUUAGCAAAAAACAGAUAGAUGAUCGAAAGGAGUGGUUAACUCAUUUCAUGGAAGAUAGAAGACAAAGGAAAUUGCUUGGCCUUCCUGAGAUGUCACUCAUGAUGACCAUCAUCAAUUUGGCUCAGAAUUUCGUGGGCAGCAAUAAUCUGAACCUCUUGCAACCUAUUGGUCAGUUUGGUACCAGGCUGCACGGUGGCAAGGAUUCUGCUAGUCCUCGAUAUAUCUUCACAAUGCUCAGCCCUUUGGCUCGGUUGUUAUUUCCACCAAAAGAUGAUCAUACGUUGAGGUUUUUAUAUGAUGACAACCAGCGUGUCGAGCCCGAAUGGUACAUCCCUAUCAUACCCAUGGUGCUAGUGAAUGGUGCUGAAGGGAUCGGCACCGGCUGGUCCUGCAAAAUCCCCAACUUUGAUGUUCGUGAAGUUGUAAAUAACAUCAGGCGUUUAAUGGAUGGAGAAGAACCUUUGCCAAUGCUUCCAAGUUAUAAGAACUUCAAGGGUACUAUUGAAGAGCUGGCUCCAAAUCAAUAUGUGAUUAAUGGCGAAGUAGCUAUUCUGAAUUCUACAACCAUUGAAAUCUCAGAGCUUCCCAUCAGAACAUGGACCCAGACGUAUAAAGAACAGGUUCUAGAACCCAUGUUGAAUGGCACCGAGAAGACCCCGCCUCUUAUAACAGACUAUAGGGAAUACCACACAGACACCACCGUCAGGUUUGUUGUGAAGAUGACCGAAGAAAAACUGGCAGAGGCAGAGAGAGCCGGACUACACAAAGUCUUCAAACUCCAAACCAGCCUCACCUGCAACUCUAUGGUGCUCUUUGACCAUGUAGGCUGUUUAAAGAAAUAUGACACAGUGCUGGACAUCCUAAGAGACUUCUUUGAACUCAGGCUUAAAUACUAUGGAUUAAGAAAAGAAUGGCUCCUGGGAAUGCUUGGUGCUGAAUCCUCUAAACUGAACAAUCAAGCUCGCUUUAUCUUGGAGAAGAUAGACGGCAAAAUAAUCAUCGAAAAUAAGCCUAAGAAAGAGUUAAUUAAAGUUCUGAUUCAGAGGGGAUAUGAUUCAGACCCUGUGAAGGCCUGGAAAGAAGCCCAGCAAAAGGUUCCAGAUGAAGAAGAAAAUGAAGAAAGUGACAGUGAGAAGGAGGCUGCAAAGGGCGACUCUGCAACAGACACUGGGCCAACCUUCAACUACCUCCUCGACAUGCCCCUCUGGUACCUGACCAAGGAAAAGAAAGAUGAGCUGUGCAGACAGAGGAAUGAGAAGGAGCAAGAGCUGGAUACAUUAAAGAAAAAGAGCCCGUCAGAUCUGUGGAAGGAAGACUUGGCUGCUUUUAUUGAAGAACUAGAGGCUGUUGAAGCCAAAGAAAAACAAGAUGAACAAGUAGGACUUCCUGGGAAAGGAGGGAAAGCCAAGGGGAAGAAAACACACAUGGCUGAAGUUAUGCCUUCUCAGCAAGGAGUAAGAGUCAUUCCUCGAGUGACCACAGAGAUGAAAGCAGAGGCAGAAAAGAAAAUUAAGAAGAAAAUCAAGAGUGAAAAUACUGAAGGAACCCCUGUGGAGGACAGUGUGGAACUGGAAAGCCUGAAACAAAGACUAGAAAAGAAACAGAAAAGAGAAGCAGGUGCCAAGGCAAAGAAACAAACUACACUGCCAUUUAAACCUAUCAAAAAAGGAAAGAGGAGGAACCCCUGGUCUGAUUCUGAAUCAGAUGUGAGUAGCGCUGAAAGUAAUUUUGAUGUCCCGACACGAGAAGUAGAGCCGCGGAGGACUGCAGCAAAAACCAAGUUCACAAUGGAUUUGGAUUCAGAUGAAGAUUUCUCAGAUUCUGAUGAAAAGACUGAAGACGACGAUUUUGUCCCCUCGGAUGCUGGUCCUCCUCAGGCCAAAACUCUCCCCAAACUUACUAAAAAAGAACCAAAGCCACAGAAAAGCACCGUGUCAGUAACUGGCCCUGAGGCGGAGGAUGCGGAGGACAGGGAGCCGGAUUCCUCCGGCCCUUCUGCCGAGUUCCCUGCCAAAAGCGAAGUGACAAAGCCACCUCCUGAAGGAAGCGUGCCUGUGAAGAAGACGGCAGGCAAAGGUCGGUCUGCUGCCUCCACUGCUGACACCAAAAAAAGGGCAGCACCGAGAGGAGCCAAGAAGGACCCAGCCUUGCAGCCUGAGGCGUCCCAGAAGCCUGAGGCGUCCCAGAAGCCUGAGGCGUCCCAGAAGCCUGAGCCCGCCAAAACCAAGAAUCGACGCAAAAGGAAACCAUCCACGUCUGACGAUUCUGAUUCUAACUUUGAGAAAAUCAUUUCUAAAGGAGCCAUAAGCAAGAAACCCAAGGGGGAGAGCGACGACUUCCACCUGGACCUGCACGCGGCGGUGGCUCCUCGGGCGAAGUCCGGACGCGCCAAGAAGCCUAUAAAGUACCUGGAAGAGUCCGAUGAAGACGACCUGUUUUGAAUUGUGAGGCUAAAGAAAACCACCUCAACUACGUCUGCGUGACCUCACCAUAGUCCGCGGGACGGGGUGACGCCAGCACGACCGCCUCUACUGGCCUGUGCCCUGCAGCCGGGUCGGAAUCUGCCGGAGCAGAGAGCGUGGAGCCGCGCUCGGCAGCGGCUGCUCAGUCUGUCCUGGGAAGUCUCCCCAGUUUAACCUGUAAACCCUCUUUUAAAGACCCUCUUGCGUUGCUAUGUGUUCCUUGAGUGAUGUUCUCAAUGUUCCUGUAAAUAUUUACUGUGUCUUAGCUCAUUUCCAGAAAUUUCAUACUGUAAUAAACUAUUCUAAACAUCACAA